AUGGCGGCGAUGCAGCAACCAGACCAGCAUGCCGCAAUGGCAUAUGCCAUGGGUCAUCAGCGUCCCAUGCAAGCUGGUGCUACCUACUUCUCUAUGCUACCCUCGCCCUCAAAAUGGACCUUCACUCAGGGCUUAAUCGUUGGUCAGAUCUCAAUGGUCAUCAUUGCUCUUCUCCUCAUUCGAUAUGUCGUCUUCGAAGACUCUGCCACCGCUCUUCAAAAGGAACGCUUGAUGCGGCUCAAGCUUUCAGAACGUCGGUCCAAGCGUCAUGCUAAAGCUUUGUUACAGGAUGCUCGUAGAGCAACCACCGCCUCAGCACCUUCUAGCUCCACCAACCCUCUGCGCAAAUCGAAUCGCAUCUCCUCCGACACACGAGCUUCUACCUUUGCCAACAUCCUCGACAAGACCGCAUAUGACAUCUCAUCUCACCUCGCAGAGAGUACGGACUGGCUUAACGUCAUGUUUGCUCAAGCGAUAGCUGGCUAUCGUCAAGAUGUGCUCGCUGGUGGUGUCUCGCCGCAUCCUCCUUCUCACUAUGCUAGCCCAAGACAUGGGUCACCAGCUAUUCAUUUCGGCAGCAACGAUAUUGUCCAUCCAACCGAGAUCGAGCCAGAGAAGGAGAGAACAGCAAGAGAUCUCAUGGAAGAGAUCCUCAACCGCGCCUCUUCUUCCUUCUUGGAUCCCAUCCGCGUUACCGAGGCUGACUUUGGUGAUGCCUACCCUAUCUUCACCAAUGCACGCGUUCGGCCUGCAGAUGUUACUGGUCGUACACGCAUAGAGAUUGAUCUGGACUACUCGGAUCAGAUCACUCUUGCCAUUGAUACAAAGCUGUUGAUCAACUUCCCCAAGCCGCGAUUCGCCGUGCUGCCCGUCUCGCUUAGUCUCACGAUUGUCAGGUUUUCGGGAAUUCUAGCGGUGGAGCUCUUCUCCUCUGACCCGGACGCUACAGUGCUGCCGACCGCUGCACCAGCUGCAGGCAAAGGAUCGCAACAACAACCACCACCUCGCUCACGCCAUCAGCUACACUUCUCCCUGCACCCAGACUUUGCACUCGAAGCAUCAGCAACGAGCUUGCUAGGCUCCAGGGCAAAGCUGCAGGACAUUCCCAAGAUCGAACAACUCUUGAUAUCAAGAUUGCGAGGGUGGAUCAUGGAUCGAUUUGUUUGGCCCAGAUAUUGGAGCCUCACUCUUCCCAAUCUUGUCCCUUCUCCUGCUGCAGCGAGGGCAGGCGAAGAAGCUGCAGCCAACGCAAACGCAGAUCUAUCCGGCAUGACAGCAAACGGCCACGCCGCAGGAACAGACUCACCAACAACAGCAGGUCAAAUGAAAGUAGACACCGGCAUCGAACCUACCGACGAAUCCAUCAUUCAACCUGGCCAUCUCGAAUCAGCUCGACAAGAAAUGUUCCAUUCCUCCACCGUUAACUCGGACAGACAAGCACGACCACCACACUCACGUUCGUCUUCAUCAAUACGCAACGGCGCCGCGGCUAUGACACUGCCCAGUGGUAUAGGUAGCGUCGAAGCUUGGCGUGCGCAUGCUGCUGGCGUGUACGGUGGGCAGCCAUCUCAACAUGCCACUAGUCUUACACAGGCCGCUUUGUUGCGUGCCAAUAGCGGCAGUGGAGGCGGAGGUGGAGGCGGAGGCGGAGGCACCGAUAGUGCGCCUGGGUCAGAUGUGCAUAUCGAGGUCCCUGGCAGUUUUAGAGGAUCAGUAGCGGGGGCUGGAAUAGGCUUGGGGUCCAGUAGAGCUGCUUCGGGUUUUCAUGGUGCGGCGCAGGGGCAGGGGCAGGGGCAGAGGCAGAGGUUACGGAAUCGUCCAGGAUUCGUGCAGUGA